AUGAGCAGUUUUGCAGACAGAGAAUUCCCAAAGACCUUGUGUCUUUUUGAUGUUGAUGGUACACUUACACCAGCAAGAUUAACCGUUUCUCCAGAGAUGGAAAAGACCCUUGCUGACGUCAGAAAGAAAUGUGCCAUUGGAUUUGUUGGAGGUUCCGAUUUGAAGAAGCAGCAGGAGCAAUUGGGAGACGAUGUGGUUGAUCACUUUGACUUUUGCUUCUCAGAAAACGGUCUUACUGCCUACAGACUGGGAAAAAAGCUUCCAUCCAACUCAUUCAUCGAGUGGCUAGGAGAGGAUAAAUACAACAGAUUGGCAAAGUUCAUGUUGAAGUAUUUGUCGGAGAUUGAUCUCCCAUUCAGAAGAGGAACGUUCAUCGAGUUCAGAAAGGGUUUGGUCAACGUGUCUCCAGUUGGAAGAAAUGUUUCCACAGAAGAGAGAAACGAGUACGAGAAGUACGAUCUUAAAAACAAGGUCAGAGAGAAGAUGGUUGAGGCCCUCAGAAAGGAAUUCCCAGACUUGGGCUUGACUUACUCCAUCGGUGGCCAGAUAUCCUUUGAUGUCUUCCCAACCGGAUGGGAUAAGACUUACUGCUUGGAUCUUAUCAAGGAUGAAGGUUUCGACACUAUCCACUUCUUUGGUGAUAAGGCAUACAAGGGUGGUAACGACUGGGAGAUCUACACUGAUAAGAGAACCAUCGGUCACUCCGUCAAGACGCCUGAGGAUACCAUAAAGAUCUUGAAGGAUUUGUUCAAAUUGUGA